CUCUCAUCCGGUUCUCCGGCCGGAGCCCGCCGCCUCUGUGGGCAGGCGGGGCGGGGACUCCACGCCUCCGUGACGUGCUGCUGCUCCCACCUCACGCUCUCUCCGCACGAGUGUCUCCCGGCAUCGUACCCGCGAUCCGGGCAUCUAGUCGUCUCGCCGGUCCAGGAAGUGGCCUCGCGCCUACUCCCGGGCGACUCCCGUCGCCACGGUGGCGGCCACAGCAUCUCGUCCCACGUCCGCGGCCCUGGGUGCUGUGGUGUCCCCGAGUCCUGAGCCUAUGACGGGCCAGAGCCAGUCGGCGGCCGGGUCGUCGACGUGUACCACGGUAUUCCGCCACGUCCGGUAUGAGAACCUGGUAGCGGGCGUGAGCGGCGGCGUCUUGUCCAACCUCGCGCUGCACCCGCUCGACCUUGUGAAGAUCCGCUUCGCUGUGAGUGAUGGAUUGGAACUGAGACCAAAAUAUAAAGGAAUUUUACAUUGCUUGACUACCAUUUGGAAACUUGAUGGACUACGAGGACUUUAUCAAGGAGUAACCCCAAAUGUGUGGGGUGCAGGUUUAUCCUGGGGACUCUACUUUUUCUUUUAUAAUGCCAUUAAGUCGUAUAAGACAGAAGGAAGAGCUGAGCGGUUAGAAGCUACAGAAUACCUCAUCUCAGCUGCUGAAGCUGGCGCCAUGACCCUCUGCAUCACAAACCCAUUAUGGGUAACAAAAACUCGUCUUAUGUUACAGUAUGAUAGUGGUGUUAACUCCCCACAGCGACAAUAUAAAGGAAUGUUUGAUACACUUGUGAAAAUAUAUAAAUAUGAAGGUGUGCGUGGAUUAUACAAGAGCACUGUGGAAUAUAUAUCUGUUGCAGCACUAUCCAAAAUAUUUGCUGUAGCAGCAACAUACCCAUAUCAAGUCAUAAGAGCUCGUCUUCAGGAUCAGCACAUGUUUUAUAGUGGUGUAAUUGAUGUAAUCUCAAGGACAUGGAGGAAAGAAGGCAUCGGUGGAUUUUACAAAGGAAUUGCCCCCAAUUUGAUUAGAGUGACUCCAGCCUGCUGUAUCACCUUUGUGGUAUAUGAAAAUGUCUCACAUUUUUUACUUGACCUUAGAGAAAAGAGAAAAUAAGCUAAAAGAUUAUUCUUGUGUAUCCAUCCAAGGCAGUGACAAGAUCCAUUGUGUUUGAGACAUGAAACUCAGAAGAAUGCUACACCACAAUUAAGCUCAUAAUCAGUAUUGCCCGUAAUCACUGGAAGUCAAGAACUGCUAAGUCUUCACAAUGCUUUUCUGCUUUUUGCCUUCCUCAAAUGUAUGAGACUUGGCUACCUCCACUGAAAUGGCUGUCAUCAACACGAUGUUAAAACUGACACCAAGUGUAGAGUUUCACAAAUUUCUCUUCCUUUGCUCAAGUAGAAACUGAUUUGCAGUAUUUGCUAAAUGGAUUAGAUGAAUGUACUUUUUUUUCUGAACUGAUUCACUUGGAUUGGCUUUACAAUUGACCUUUGUUCAAUAGCAAGAAAGUGGCUUCUUGUAAGAAUGUUAUUGUAUGUUUCAGGGGUGAAUAUUAACUUUAAGGAUUUAUUGGGUGAGUUGUUGCCCAAAAUCUAGAGCACAUUAGAAUUGGGAAAUUUUACUGAGGAAAAAAAAAAUCUUUGUAAAUGUGCUUUAGUUUUAAUUCUAUUGGAACAGGCUAACUAGAGAAAUUUGAGAUGUUGCAUACUUCUCUGAGAGAAAUAUCCAGCAUCUGUUGUCAUUUUGUUGCCAUUUUUUUCCCCCCAGAGACUCUACCAUCAUUUAAAAUGUAAUUCUGGAUCCAGUUGUUUUUUGGCAUAAGUACUUAUUGAAUUUUAAAUUUAUAAAAUCUGAACUUCUAGGAUCCAGCUUUGUGAGCCUUUAUUUCUCUUGUAUGGCUAUAAAUCAGUCAUUGCAGAUGCUGAAUAGAGUUUACAGAUACUAGAAUGUUUGGGGAUGUGUUUGUUGACAAACCGAGUGAAAAUGAGAUACUUUAACUUUCUACUUUAAUUUUCAGAUGUACAGGUCAGAUCCCAAAUAGAUGAUUAAUAUAUAUUGGUUGCUCAAAUUCAGGUUGAAUUAACAAAUUACAUUAAUGACCAUUAUUGAUUUGCUUUUAUAGUCAUUGUAGAUAUCUGAAAUAUAAUGGCCUGCCCCAAAAGGGUUCUAUAAUAAUAUUUUUAUUUAUCAUAAACACCUAUGAGUGCUAUUGCACUACUGUUUGUUGUAAAUAAAGCAUUGUGGUUUUCAAAACCAUA